UUCUCUCUCUGUGAAUGAUUGAUGAGACGAGGAUCAAGUUGACAGAGUAACUUUCGUGUGAGCUUUCGAAUCCAAUUGAAAGGGGCCGAGUGUGACUUCUGAAGACGACUCUCAGUUAAUGAGAAGAUUGAAGGAGGAAGUUGAUGACAGUUUUUGGACAACGUUGUCGCGAGAAUUUUGAUUGAAACUGUGAUUGGAAGAGUUAGAAUCGAGUCGUCGUUGAGCAUGUGGAAAUCGUUCGCUUUGACGACCACGUGAUCGAAUGUCAGCAGGAAGGUGUUGUGUACGAUAUUUGGCUAGUUUAGCAUUUGAAUGACGAUGACGGACAAGAAUAGUGGACAAAGGAAUUGUUUAUCGAUAGAAGAAUGUGAGAGAAUGAUAUUGAUACAAGAUAGGAAUUAAAGGGAGAUCUGUAGAAGGAAUUGAUUGGAAAUCAUUGUAAAUCAUAAAUUAGCGAUCAAGAUGUCAUCGAAAACGCUUCACAAUGAGCAUAUCAAGCGUCCGAUGAACGCGUUUAUGGUGUGGUCGCGGGGACAGCGACGGAAAAUGGCUCAGGAAAAUCCGAAGAUGCAUAACUCUGAGAUUUCGAAGAGACUUGGCGCAGAAUGGAAAUUGCUUAGCGAAAGCGAAAAACGACCGUUCAUUGACGAAGCGAAAAGGUUGAGAGCCCUCCACAUGAAGGAGCAUCCAGACUACAAGUACCGGCCGCGCAGGAAGCCGAAAUCUUUAGUGAAGAAGGAGAACAAAUUCGGUUUCUCGAUAUCGCCGCUGAUGUCCUCGGGUGAGACCUUGGGCAAUAUAUCGAGAAGCCUCUUGCCACCUCUGGCACCGCCGUCGCACCAUACAUUGAUGAGCCACGAGGAUCUCAAGAUUCCUCGCUUUUUCCCGCCGUUUCCAUACCCUCUGUAUCCUAUACAACACAAAUUAGGAGAAGAGUUCAACGGUGGCAAAUUAGCCGCGGAUUUGGCGCUUCAGGCUCUGUACGGAGGUAGCACCUUCUAUUCGAGCCAUCAAACCAUGUCUUGGCCAGGUUUGUCAACCGCGGCCUGCCUUCAACCCAAUUGUGGUUGCCCAAGUCCGCCUAAAGACCCAAAGAGGCCGUACUUACCUACUAAGUUGGAAGAAAGACCUUUUCCCAGUCCAGGUAAACCGGAAGAGGAUGGAUUCCCAUCGGACAGAGACUCCAGUAGGGAAGAGCCUCGAUAUAGAAAACUCGACGAAGAUACAUACUCGUCGUCGAUGGACAGACACCAGGAAGAUAGAUCCCAAGAUAGAUUCUCCUCGUCUUCUUCGUCGUCACCUACCGAUCACACGGAGAAAGUUAUCAACAGUGUGCCAACGUCGACGUCAACGCCGACGACGAAGGUCGAGAGCGCGUUCUCAGUUCAAAAUCUGACGUCGUCUAGCUCGAAUUUGGGGAAUCAUCGCGGCCACGUCAUAUGAAGGCCGCUUCCGGUUCUCCCGGAUCUAAACUUCCGGGGGAACCUGGUACCACCUGGAUGGCCAAGCACCGACUGGUGGAGAGUACCGCCGAUGUUGUCGCCGAUUCCUCAGGCCACGGUAACGAAUUUAAACGCGCCAGCGAAGGACGACGAGGUUCAAUUCCAAGAGGAACAACAGAGAAACUCUGUGAUGGCCAGGUCGAGGAGCAUUCACAUUGGAAAUGUACAGUGAUCGUUGACGUCCGAGGAAACGAAUGGUUUCUGAAACGGUUCAAUUGGAAACUGUACUCGAAGGUUCGUAACCUAACUGUUAUGCAAACGAAGAUGGAAGGUGUAUAUGACGUAAACGGAAUUUAAUACGAGAUAAGAAGUUUUAAUAAUUGGUAAAGUGAUUCUUAUGAGAGAUCGGAGAUUUCUGUAGAAUCUUAUACCGUCCUUCUUAGUUAAAAUGUUCUAUCGUCUUGAGGUUUUAUUAAACAUUUUUUUUUUUUCUCGUUCUGUUUCUAAUUUCCUUCGCUCAAUUUCAAAUAUUUGGUCAUUGUUUCACAAGAGCCUAUAUGUAUUUGUGUGUAAUAUAACUUUUCUUACUGUUAAGAGAUAAAAGACACGGGAGACAUAUGUUUAAAGAGUGGGAAGACGCCAAAUGAGACAUUCUAACAAAAAAAGUAUAAAAUACAUAUAGAAGAACAUGUGAAAUGAAAGAUGAGCAAUGAAGAUCGUCGAUCGUUUAUAACCUGUUGCGUUGUGUGAUAAUUCAAACAGCCUAGUUAAUGUUUUUUUACAACUGUAUAUAUAUAUAUAAUAUUUGAAAGAACUGCAGAAAACCUGAUUGAAAAUCUCAAGAAGUUCCCAGCUUGAUGAUCCCGGUGCGUUUCCAUGAGGAUGUCCGCGAGUGAUCUUACUCUUGAGAGUCAUACCCGUUGCAAGUCUUUCGCACAGAACGAGUCGAACUUUCGGACGAGAAUUCGUUAUGCGAGCCGACGAUGGAUACCAAAGCCGAAUCGAUAACUCGCCACGGUCAAAAUCCUACAAAGAGAGAGAUGCGAAAGGGUCCUUUCUGGCAAAGCGUGUACAAGGAUGCCAGAGAAGAGUCCAAUUUUGAUGAGAUAACCAACCCUCUCGGUGGCACAUAUUACCGCGCACGCGAGCCGGAAAGCGGCACGGCAGGACAGAAAAGAGCCCCCAUACGAGCGAAGAGAGGUAGGAAAAAAAAAUAAAUAAAAACCCUCUUCGAGCAGAGGCAAAUCUCUUCUUUGGGGCGCGGCCAUGCGAAAUAAGCCAAACGUUCUGAAUGCUAACGUAGAUGCGACACAGCGGACCUGUAUACGCGUUAUACCAUCCACCCUCUCC